GACUCGUUAGUGAACUUCUCAUCAGGGGUACACACGGGAAAGCGGAAGCUAGCGGUGGAGUUGCUCAUGUUGUGAUCAGGGACUGAAAUGAAAGCUGUUAUGUCUUAAACAGUUAUUAUAUAUAAACACUAUUCUUUAGAAUCAGCUCUAUAAAUGCAUUUAAAGCUUCCCCUCUUCAAUAAGCUGAAAACUCUGAACCUAACACUGAGAUCUGAGACAGGAACCUGAGGACACCGUCCGCUACAAUGAACGCAGUUAGAGGCAGAGACAGCUGUGAAGUUAUCAAGAACUACCACAAACAGGCUUUUGAGUAUGUCUCCAAGGCUCUGAGGAUCGAUGAGGAAGAUACAGGAGACAAGGAGCAGGCUGUGGUGUGGUACAAGAAGGGGAUUGCUGAGCUGGAGAGGGGGAUUGCAGUGGAGAUAACAGGAGAUGCAGGAGAUCACUAUGACCGAGCAAAGAGACUUCAGGAUAAGAUGGUAGCAAACCUCACCAUGGCCAGAGACAGACUCGCCCUGUUAGAGGCAACACUGGCAUCAAGAAGGAAAAGUGCCCCCCUGAGAACCUCUAGUCUUCCACAUCCAAAACCGGUACCUAAAAGCCAACCAGCAGGCGUAUCCACGAACAUCAGACCCUCCGCUGCCGCCAGACCUCCAUCUAGACCUGCAGAUACAAAGGUGACUCCACGGGUGGGAAAAGCCCAAAACGGGAGACCUGGAGCGGUGAGACAGCCUCCAAAGAAGGACAUGAAAAACUUCAAAAACGUGGACAGCAAACUGGCCAACUUGAUCCUGAAUGAAAUCGUUGACAGUGGGGCGUCUGUUUCCUUCGAGGACAUCGCAGGACAGGAACUGGCCAAGCAAGCCCUCCAAGAGAUCGUCAUCCUCCCCGCAUUACGACCAGAGCUCUUCACCGGCCUGAGAGCUCCAGCACGUGGCUUGCUUGUAUUCGGCCCGCCUGGAAAUGGAAAAACAAUGCUGGCUAAAGCGGUCGCAGCAGAGUCAAACGCCACGUUCUUCAACAUCAGCGCUGCAAGUCUGACCUCUAAAUAUGUGGGAGAGGGGGAGAAGCUUGUACGAGCACUGUUUGCAGUUGCAAGAGAGCUGCAGCCUUCCGUCAUAUUCAUCGAUGAAGUUGACAGUCUGCUGUGUGAGAGGAGGGAGGGAGAACACGACGCCUCUCGUCGGUUAAAGACAGAGUUCCUGGUCGAGUUUGAUGGGGUGCAGUCAGGAGGGGAUGACAGGGUGCUCGUGAUGGGAGCGACCAACCGGCCUCAGGAACUGGAUGAAGCCGUACUGAGGCGCUUUGCAAAGAGGGUCUACGUGUCGUUGCCGGAUGAGCAGACGAGACUCACGCUGCUGAAAAACCUUCUGGGGAAACAAGGAAGUCCCCUGAGCACCACUGACCUCUCCUAUCUUGCAAAGAAGACUGCAGGAUACUCAGGAAGUGAUCUCACAGCGUUAGCCAAAGAUGCUGCUCUGGGGCCGAUCAGAGAGCUGGGACCAGAACAAGUCCGAAACAUGGCUGCUAGUGAGAUGCGUAACAUCAACAAGAAGGACUUUGAGGAUUCCCUGAAGCGCAUUAAGCCCAGCGUCAGCCCGACCACUCUCACCAUGUACACCCAGUGGAACAAAGACUUUGGUGACACCACAGCUUUUUAAACUUCUGUGAAUUUUCACCUGUAAAGAAAUAAAAUAACAGUUUACUUCUCUGUUUUCACUCGAUAAGCAAUGAGCUCAAACCUGGAGCAAAGCUUCUGCAAGCUAAUUCUAUAAACAUGAUGAAAUCUGGGAGCACUAUUGGAGCUUUUCCUGUUUUAUGGAAACACUUUGCAGUUAAUGGUUUAUAUGCAUUUCUCUGCUGCAUCAUCACACUCCUCAAACACUGUCUCGCUACUUUAAAUUUCAUUAUUUAUUUUUUGAGAUCGGCCUGCGAUAUCUCCUCUCGCCUGAAGGUGGCAGCACUCUGAAACUCUCCUCUAAAUUUCACUGUGAUUAUUUUGCACAUCCAUGAAUUACCUGAUGUAUUGAUAUGAUGGUAUGAAUCACCAAGUGCCCUGUGUGCUUGUACACAUGCAGGAGUGGUAGUAAUUGGGAGAUUUAACAAAUUGUGCUUUUAUAUUUUGUUCAUGCAGGCGGAUGCAGACAGUUUCAUAUUCCUCUUUUUCUUUUUUGGUGAAAGUUAUGACAUCCAGUUGAAAAGCAUUAUUGUAGAGCAUCAAUAAACACUCAUGAAAGUCUC